GCAAAGGCCAUGAUGCAUGUAACUGUAAAAAUUUUUUUCGCCCAUCAACACAGCAUUGACCAAGUAUUGGCCCAUUAGGAAGCUAAACAGUCAGCUCGAGGACCUACUUGCCGCAAGUAAAGUAUGAUAUUAGGUCUAAUAUGCAGGCUGCACGCUGAUUGGGGGCUGCAGCGACUGUUUUGCUGGCGGAUACUUUUUUCUCCAUAGCUCAUGUGGAGCCACGCAACGCUCACCGCUUCAUCAGUUCGCAGCUGGUGGGUUUCGCCCAGCCGCCUCGUACAGUAGAUGCGAGGCCGUUUGGUUGUUAUUGUUUGGUUGUGGUUGUUGUUGUUGUUGUUGUUUUUGGCUCGCCUUCCUCGUCGCCUUACACCCGGAUCCAGUGGUGAUGGCUUUUCUUUGGGUUCGGGUGAUGCUUCUCACUCAUUUGCGAGGCGAUCUUGGCUCUAUACAAUCCCGGAUGAAGAUCGUUCGCACUUUGCAACCUCACAACCAUGACCCUGGGGCAUAUUGACCCUCACUCCCGAAGGCAUCUACGAAAGAUAGCCAUCUCGCGCUAAUCUCGGAGAGUUUGAUCACGAUACCGCAUGUCAUAUGAGCAGUUGAUAUGGUAACAAACGGAAUGAAUGGGGCAUGCUUUUUUAGUCACACUACAAGAAUGUCCGAAUGAAGCCUUAGCGUGGAAAAAGUGGGCCCCCUCGCUUCAUCAGCAACG